AUGAGUGCGGAUGCUCUCGAAGAUGAGGAAACAUAUGCCGGCUAUGCGAGAAAGCAUCUGGCACAACGAGUCAUGGAGGCACCUUCGUUAUACCUCGCACAAUCCCUCGUUAUGAUAUCAUUCUACGAGUGGGGAACUGGGCGACCAUAUCAAGCAUGGAUGUACAGCGGAAUGGCAACAUACAUGAUCCAAUCCCUAUUGAAAAUGGCAGACGACAGCAUGGAACACAGUCCCCACGAGUUCCACGCUUCCCAGACUCAAUACGAACAGCUUGUUCGUACAUACUGGUGCUGCUUUGCGCAAGACUGUGAGCUUAGCUCCGGCGCUCGGCAGCAUUUCGCAUUAUCCUUUUCUCAGAUCUCAGUUCCACUUCCCAUCAGUGACAGGGACUUUACAUUUAAUCAUGUUCCCGAGUCCAGAUUAAUGCCUGUUGAUAUGAAUAGACAGAACUCACUAGCAAGGAACUUGACUAUCGAACACGGUCUAACGAUCGUCACACGUGGAUUUGAUAUUUUCGUGCGGAUUUUACGAUUCGCAAAUGAGCAUCGCCGUGCAUUGGCAUCUAUUGGCUCGGAUGACUCUGCUACAUCGCCACUUCAUCAAACUUGGCAGAGACUCAAGGCAGAAUUGGAUGAGUGGAGAUCUCUACAAGAUCGGACAGUACACUAUCCUGCGACGAGUGCACAGGCACAUGUGGCUCUUGGAUAUGGUGAACUAUUCGCAUACAUCAACUUGAUUCAUUCCAUGAGUAUAUUAUUCCUUCAUCGCGAUCGCUUUCUGUCUAAUCUGAAUCCUGACUCCGACGUUUUCCACGAUAUGAACGACGAUGAUCAACAAGAACCCGGCACAAUCAAGGAGCUCUUCGAAGCAGCUCAAAACAUCAGCGGGGUCUUAUCAGCUCUAGAAGCAUCUGAAGCACCUGUGAUGACACCUUAUUCCGGAUUCAGUGUCUUUGUCGCCGCACAUAUCAACAUGUACGGAACGAUCGCGCCACUCCGAUACCCCGGUGGACUUGAGCGCGCAGAGGAGGAAAAGAGCAAGAAUCUGAUAUACCUGGAGCGAUUGAGUAGAUUGUGGCCUGUUGGUCGAAGCUGGUGGCGAACGGUUCAAGAAGCCAAUCGGUUCUACGAAACGGUUAAGAGUACCCAGGUGCAACCCGAGUCUGGUAUCCAUAGUCCACGACGCUUUGCACUAGUUGGUGGUCUGGAUGAAUAUGGCGAUAUUCGGUCACGGCCGAAUCGCGAGAUGCAGAUUACCCGAUCCAUGACUGAGCCUCACGCGGAGAAUCCACAUCAGUCGCAUCACCCAUUGCCCUCUCCACAUCCAGAGAGCGAAACUUCAUUCCUCGAGAGAGAGAACCCCGGACAGGGAGGGUAUCCUGAUUUAGAGACAGAUAUGUUCGAAUGGCCGUUCAUCGAUGCAUCUUGGUCUGCUGGGUUCGACGCCGGACUUGAUGGACUGUGGCAUCACUCAGGAUUAUUUGACCCGAACACAUCAUUAAGGUAG